AUGUCUAUGGUCGUGACUAACGCAAAGUUGGUUGAUCCAAUACACAAAUGGACGACCGACGAUUCCAAAGGAAAAUCAAAAGAAGCAUUGUACUCAUCUGUAAGAGUAUCAUUUCUUGAGUAUGGAAUAGCCACUCGAAAUAAUAACGACAUUCGUGCAAAAAUUCAGAACUUUCGAGACAAAUUCCAAGACACAUACAAAUUUCUUCACAACACAGGGGAGGGAAUUAAAGAGACCACGUUUUCUGAUGAUGCCAUGCAUUCCAGGCCAUCAGCCAUCCCUCCUGCUGAGAUGAUCUCAGAGAGCAACACAGAUGUCGAAACAAUACUACUUUCAUAUGCUCCUUCUGGUGUUGGUGCGUUGAAAGAAGUAACCCCGCAAGAAGAAGAGGAAACUAGUCGGUUAUUAAUGGAAGAAUUUAAGCCAGAACGAAAAAGCCGUAUAUCCAUUGCAUUCUCCUCUGCCACACAGAAUCCAAAAAAAAAGAAGAAAAGUCCGGUGCACCAUUGA